GAAAGAUGGCGGUGCGUACAUAUGGUCAAAAACCGAGUUCUUUUCAGCUCGAAGAUGGAGAGCAUUAUAUGAUCGGAUCGGAAGUGGGAAACUUCCUUCGAAUGUUUAGAGGAUCCUUAUACAAAAAGUACCCUUCUUUGUGGCGAAGACUUGCGACACUGGAAGAGCGAAAACAAAUUGUACAGUUAGGUUUAGGACACAGUAGCAUAGCCACAAAUGUCACUUUGUUGAAAGCUGUUGAGGUCAAUGAAAUCUUAGAGGGAAAAGACGAAAAGUAUAAAGUUUCCACGGAAGCACCCGACGCAGCGUCAAGGAAUCAGGGUGGUAAAUCAAAACGGAGCAGUCAGCCGACUUGGGCUCCACAAACAUUGUUUUCGAGUAACUCCUUUCACCUCGAUGCCGUACCAUGCUCUUCCACUGUAAACAGGAAUCGGAUAGGUCCCAAGAGGAUCAAAACAUUUCCCACCUGUUAUGAUGACCAUGACAUGGCUGCCAUCCAUGAAGCUGCAAGUCAACCUGAAGUCUUGGUGCCCAUUAGGCUGGACAUAGACAUUGAUGGACAAAAACUACGCGAUACAUUCACAUGGAACAAGAGUGAGACGCUAAUUUCACCAGAGGUGUUUGCAGAAGUGUUGUGUGAUGAUCUCGAUUUGCCUGCGGCAGCUUUUGUGCCUGCUGUUGUCCAGGCCAUCAGGCAGCAGAUCAAACAGUUUGACACAGAUUCUGAAAUAACCCUGGACAAACAAACAGACCAGAGAGUCAUUAUCAAGCUUAAUAUCCAUGUUGGUAACAUUUCAUUAAUGGACCAGUUUGAGUGGGACUUGUCAGAACCCCUUAACUCACCUGAAGAAUUUGCAUUAAGCCUAUGUUCAGACUUGGGGCUGGGUGGUGAGUUUGCCACUGCUAUUGCAUACAGUAUUCGUGGUCAACUUAAUUGGCAUUCAAAAACAUAUGCCUUCAGUGAGGCACCCUUACCAAGUGUCGAAACGGCCAUAAGAUCAGGAACAGAUGUUGAUAACUGGGGUCCUUACCUGGAAACUCUGACUGAUGCUGAGAUGGAGAAGAAGCUUCGAGAUCAAGACAGAAAUACCAGACGAAUGAGGCGUCUUGCCAACACAGCCCCUGUCUAUUAAAGUGUCUCAGCUCUGGCAGAAUAUUGCUGCUUUUAGGAUGUUUUAUACAGUAGUUCUGUUCCUUGUUCUUUGUAAAUAACUUAACUUAAUUUAGAGAAAAACAUGGACUAAUUUAGUUAUUACAAAAAGAGAAAACUGUUUAAUUUAGUAAAGAAGACUUCUGGUUGUUCAAUGAACUCGUUUGUAUAUUCGCAUGUUUUGUUGUUGGAUAGAUUGUUAUGAAAAUUUUUAUGAAUAAAGAUUUAAGACUAAGUAA